AUGAAAUGCGAAUUUCUCGGGGUAGACAUACAGGACGAGAAUGGCCGGCAUGAAGUGGGAUUUAUUGAUCGGACUGAAAAGAUUCCUUUGGAAGAUGAUGGAUGCCGAUUCAAGAGCAAAUUUGAAAUCAACAAGGUGCCCGGAAAUUUCCACAUUUCAACACACUCCUCCCCGGUUCAACCGGCAAAUCCUGAUAUGCGACAUAUUAUCCACUCCAUACGUUUCGGCGAUGAUGUCUCGGGUCUCAACGUGAAAGGGAGCUUCAAUCCAUUGCGAGAAAGGAAGAUGUUGUCUUCUGAACCGUUAUCUACACAUGAGUACAUACUCAAGAUAGUACCAUCAGUUUACGAGGACAUCUCAGGAGGAAUUCGAAAUAGUUACCAGUACACAUUUGCUCAUAAGGAUUACCUCGCCUAUCAUCAUACUGGUCAAAUUAUCCCAGCCGUUUGGUUCAAGUACGGAUUGCAGCCGAUCACAGUGAAACAUACGGAAUUUCGGCACUCAUUCUACUAUUUUAUUACUUCAGAUUACCUCGCCUAUCAUCAUACUGGUCAAAUUAUCCCAGCCGUUUGGUUCAAGUACGGAUUGCAGCCGAUCACAGUGAAACAUACGGAAUUUCGGCACUCAUUCUACUAUUUUAUUACUUCAAUUUGUGCCGUCGUUGGAGGCACGUUCACUGUUGCCGGCAUUAUCGACUCAACGUUCUUCACAAUCUCGGAACUGGUUAGGAAGCAUCGUCUGGGCAAGCUGUCUUGA